AUGGCGCCUUCAGACAGCGAGCUGAAGAAGAUAUUGGCCGAGAUGAACCAUCUUUCACUCAAGAGACAACAGCUCCUGGAGAGGAAAAAGAUCCAGUGCAUAUUUCAGGAGAUGAGGAACCGUGCAGAGUUUAGACAAACCGAGGCGGCAGCCUCAAAGCCGCAGGACAGCAUGGAUGACCAACUGAAACAGCUGGCAGAAAGGCUGGCGGAGCUCCAGAGGAGGCGCGACCACAUCCUGCACGCCGGAGACGCAAAGAACGGCAAGGCGGCGUCCACCUUUACCGGCAGACCACCGUUACUUCGCCACGCUUUGGUUUUUGUGACAAAAGCUUGUUCUUCUUUGUCAGAGGUUGUCGUCGCCCCACGUCACGUGGUUUCAGAUGUUCCUCUUCCCAGCAGCGCUAUUUUCUAUGUUGAGAGUCCACCGAAUAUCCCCGCCCCGACAGUGAUUCUGGACGUGGAAAAGCUUCCACAUCAUCCGUGCAGGACGCAGUGCCCCGAGUGUAAGCAGUUCAUCCUCUCAGAGACCUCCCAUUCCGUCAGCAGCGUCACCUGGCUGGUGUGCUUCAUGGCGGCUAUGGUCGGCUGCGUGGCUGGUUGUUGCCUCCUUCCCUUCUGCAUGAAUUCGUUCAAAUCUACCACACACAGAUGUCCAAGGUGUCGAUCGGCGUUUAUGACCAUAAAAAAGCUCUGAGGAGAAACACGGAGCUCAGGCUGAAAGGGAAUCCGACCUCGGCCAAGUAGCAGGGAUCCCUCCCGUUUGCAUUCACCACCAUCACAAUACUGGUUCUCUAAUGUCAAACUAUGAGAUAUUAAGUCAUUGUUUUACCGU